CAGACCAACAAACUUUUGACAGACGUUCGUACGAGUCGUUGUUCAACGAUCAGCUGUCAGCUCUGUCAGCGAGUUCAAUUCAUUUUCGAUGUUCUUUACGUCAAACGCGAGUGCGUCGGUACUUAUUGCUUGCAGUUUGGCCGCGUGUCCUCUGAUGAAAAGUGGUACCGCCACCAUGCGAAUUUCAUUUCGUCCUGCUUCAGCUCGCGAAAACGACUCGUGCUCGUUUCCGUUUCGCUGUCGGAAUCAUUAACGAUCUCGAGUACGUUUCUCGUGGCUAACGGGUAAUUAGUCACGACCGUGGUCUCGAGAAAAGCGAAGGUACAGGUAGAUAUCGGGAAGAGGAAACUGUUUCCGAGACAGCAGCGUGAUAGAUAGCUAAGUAUCGCCUAUGGAGUAUAUCAAAUACUUUUAAUUUCAUUGAAAAUAGUCGCAUUUCCCUGCAUAUGCGUACAAGUUUAAACUUCUUCUUACCGUCACGAUCAUUAGCAUGGUUACUUUCUAUUAAAAGACUCGAACAUCGAAUCGAGUCGGAGAAACAAUGUGCGCGAUAGAUACAUAGUAUUUACAUACAUAUUUACUUCACGCAUGCUUAAACGAAGUUUUGUGCAAUUUUACUUAUAGAAAUAUUGCGUAUACAGAGAGUUUAAUAGAAGUAUGUAGAUGACAAGGUAUGUUUCACUUUCGAGAGAUAAAACUACUCCCUACAUUUGAUUCUAUUGAAUGACAUUGCGAACGUUUUGCAUAACAAUCUGCGAUCUCGUUCACGAGAUCCGCGAUCGGAGGACUUUUCUGGCUCGCGUUAACGCGAUUUUAUGUAGAAGAAAAAUUAAAGAAGGCCGUCAUGAAUAUUUGAACGCAUCGCAAGGCGGAAUGGAUAGCGGGCGACGAGGGUGGGCGGUCGGACAGCCGGUUUAUCGAUUACGGCGCAUCGCGCCGAUAACCAUCCUCGUAAAGCGUCACAACGAUGCAACGCGCUUUCUCGAUUGUCAAGGUCUUUUCUCCUUCAACUAUUUAUUCCCAAGCCACGGGAUAGAGCGACUUCCUACGUACGAUUUUAUGCGAAUGAACGCAAGCAUCGUAAACAUAAUAGACUGUACGCGCAAUCCGUUCAGUCCUAAUUAAUUCUGAAUCCCCUUUUUAAACUGAUUUGUUUGCACUACAUUACUAUAGUAGUAGUGUCUAGAUAGUUGUCGUAUAAAAACUAUUUAUUUGAAAUUUGAAAUUCUUUAAAAUUUAAGAGGGUAGCUUUCGUUUCAAAUGUCAUUCAAUAAACAACUUGUACUGAGAAACAAUUGUCUAGGGACAUGUGUCUGCGGAUCGUUCACGUAGUCUCAAAUUUGUAUUUUCUCUUCCCUCAUUAUCCCGCGGAUAAUGUUCACGGAUAACAGAAGACACAAUACAAAUAAUGCAUGCAGAAUCACCGGUCAUACCACGACUUCACUCUGUAUACUAUUGUAAGAAGUCUGUAAAAGUUCUGAUAACCCAUUGAUUAGCAUACCUUAUAUUUUGAUAAAAGAUUUCAACCUUGAAACUAAAGGAAGGGGGAUAGAACAGAAUCUCAUUUACGAUUACGUGUGUACAUAACUGUAAAGCAUUGAAAUAUCACGUGAGAAGCUUUCUCUGAUUAUUCAUUACAAUUUCACAAAUUUUCAUUCGUUCAUUUAUGCUCUCAUUUAAAAUUAUAAUCAGAAUCUGAAUCCAAUGCAUUUAUAAAAGAAUUGAAUGUGUAGGUAAUAGAAACGUGUUGAUGUUCGCGUGUGAUGCAUAAAAGUAUCAAAAACGAUGUCGAUGGCUGAGCACUGAAUUAAUCAGGAGGUGACUGGAGAAGAAUCUAGUCGCGCUCGUUUGAAUCAUUGUUGAGCAUAAGCCUGUAAACACACGCGAGGAUCAUGAAAAUGGUGCUGUCUCAACGUCAGAGGGAGGAGUUAAAUAAGGCGAUCGCGGACUACCUCAGCACCAACGGCUAUCAAGAUGCGCUCGAAGCAUUCAAGAAAGAAGCCGAUAUGCCGGGAGAGGUGGAAAGAAAGUACGGAGGCCUUUUGGAGAAGAAAUGGACCUCGGUCAUACGCCUGCAGAAGAAGGUAAUGGAACUGGAAUCGAAACUUUCCGAGGCAGAGAAAGAAUUCAUCGAGGGUGCACCGACACGUAGCAAACGAUCACCAUCUGAAUGGAUACCGAGGCCACCCGAAAAGUACAGUCUCACUGGCCACAGAGCUCCUAUCAACAGAGUUAUUUUCCAUCCAGUUUUUAGUCUUAUAGUGUCCGCUAGUGAAGAUGCGACCAUUAAGGUAUGGGACUUCGAGAGCGGUGACUUCGAGAGGACAUUAAAGGGUCACACCGACAGUAUACAAGACGUAUCAUUCGAUGUCACCGGAAAAUUGUUGGUCUCUUGUAGCGCAGACAUGUCCAUAAAGCUAUGGGACUUUCACCAGUCGUUCGCCUGCGUGAAAACCAUGCACGGACACGACCACAGCGUCAGCUCGGUCGCGUUUGUGCCACAAGGGGACUUCGUAGUGAGCGCUUCUAGGGAUAAGACCAUCAAAAUAUGGGAGGUCGCGACGGGUUAUUGUGUCAAAACGUUGACGGGGCAUAGGGAAUGGGUACGGAUGGCCAGAGUCAGUCCUUGUGGAGAAUUGAUCGCCAGCUGCUCGAACGAUCAGACAGUGCGAGUCUGGCACGUGGCAACGAAAGAUACGAAGGUCGAACUCAGAGACCACGACCACGUAGUGGAGUGUAUUGCAUGGGCACCGGACAGCGCCAGGGCAUCGAUAAAUGCCGCUGCAGGGGCAGACAACAAGGGCGCGCAUGAAGGACCUUUCCUCGCGUCCGGCUCGCGGGACAAACUGAUUAAGGUGUGGGAUGUCGGUGCCGGCGUGUGUCUGUUCACUCUGGUAGGACACGACAACUGGGUGCGCGGCAUCGUCUUCCAUCCUGGUGGCAAGUUCAUCGUCAGCGCCUCCGACGAUAAAACCCUCCGAGUUUGGGACACUCGUAACAAACGAGCGAUGAAGACACUCGACGCGCACGUACACUUUUGCACCACCGUCGAUUUCCACAAAAGCCAUCCGUACGUGGUCACCGGUAGCGUCGACCAAACGGUGAAGAUCUGGGAAUGCCGCUAGUCACUAAAACAUCCAGGUUUCGUUGAACCUUCGUCGAGGAAAAAAGAUUGGAAAGAAAGGCGAACGAUAUGCGCAUCGAAUCCGAUGGAAACGGCCGAGAGUAAGCUGCUGCUACAAAAUAAACGUUAUCGUACAUAUUACUAUUAUUAAUAUUAAUAUUAUUAUACACACAUAUACACGUACGCGUACGUACACGUUAAGAGCUCUUUAAUUAAUUUAUAAUAAAGUAUAAUUAGUAAUUAUUAAUAUUACAAUAUACGUUUUACGGUUACGAACCGCACGAUUCGAGGAGAGUUGCUCCGCCUGCUGGGGUAUGUGCUCUCACUUUCUUUCGCGGAGAGGACAUUGCCAUAAUUUAAUCAACGGUGCGAAAGAAUAACGCGAUUAUUUCUGGAGUCGAUCGGCAAAUGAACUUUUAACAACGAGCGUCGAUUCGAAGCGAUCGGUCGAUCGUUUCACGGGAAUUAUACGUAGUCCUAAAACUAUAAUAAUGCCAAAUUAUAUACUAUGCACGUGAACAGAACAUGAAAAUUAUUUAAGCUUCGAUUCAACAUCUGAAAUUAACAUAAAUCCAAUCUGUUUAAGAGAUUCACAUUUUCCGUUAUGAACGACUUUUCGUAACAACGAGCCUGGGACUUCUUUCAUAAUUCUUUUUGGUCAAAUAAAUCUAUUUUACAAUACUUGCCUAGCUUCUACCCCUUUGUACUCAAUGCGGAUAGAAGAUAGCUGUUCUAACAUGCCUCUAUGUAUUCUACUUUAUAUUUAAUAAUAAUCAUUUCGAGCAUCAGCGAAAGUAACGAAAUCAGAAAGCAUGGGAUUCGUUACAAUUGAAUUGGUAAAAUUAGUGAAUACGUUUGCUUCUCUCAUCCUUCGCGGAUGUUGAAUCGAUACCAGAAUUAUUUCCCACAGAUACUCAGUAUGCCUGACUCGUUCGAAAGCGCCGUCGUCCUCCUCGAAUCGCAAAACGGGCUGACGAGAAUUUCGAUUGUACCACCGUCACAAUCUUAACAAUGAAACAUCAUCGCGUGUCUCGUUAUUGUUCACUGACGCUAACUUUUCCUCGAGAGUUCUAGACGAUGCGGCAUUCGAAGAAAAAAGAACAAUGAUAAACACCGUUACGUUCGACACUCUCGACAAAGAUUCAAGUAUUGAAAAGAGAACAGAAAAACUAAAAUAUGUAUGUAUAUGCAUCAUCCAUUCGUCGUAUACUGAGCGUCGAUAAAAUAUAAAAUAAAAUCCUAAUGGAUUAAUCGAGUACAUAGCAUGUUUCUUUGUAAAAAAAUCAAGAAACACAGACGCAUACACUCGCUUACAUACAUAGACACAAGGAAUGUAACAGGAAGCGUGGCGGGCUGAAGACGGAUCUGACUUUUGGACAAGCGUAAGAAUUUUUGUACGUUCUAUUGUAACCAAAUUCAAGAUCUUUUCAUCGAAGAAACGAGUAUUGGCAAAACCCAUCGAGGCUUUUUAUAAUCGUUCAACCGAGGGUCGAUACGUCCGUUUCAUACUGCAUAGAGUGUAUGCGUGUAGACUGUACGUGCGACGAAGCUGGCUCGAUGAAAAAUGACAAAUGUCGAGCGAUUCGCAAGGAUAAUACGAUAGCGUCGUUUAUUAACCAACAGAUGAAAGCGAUACGACGACCGGUCAACGUGCAUUAUUAACGAUAACGUGGUCGAACGUGGUGGAAAGCAUGCAUAAUUCGUGAGAAAUAAGAAGCGCAAGGAAUACGUGCAACCGAGUAUUUGUACGGAAUUAUUAUUAUGCAGCUGCAUGAUUCGUUGCGUGGGUUCCCCAGACACGAGAAGAAGUACUAUAGUUGUAUAUUUAGCUCUAACUACUAUUAGCGGUAGCACAGACGUAUCCCAGCGGUAACGUAGACAAGAAAUAAGAGGUAAGAAAUAAAAAAAGAAAAAAAAAAGAAAAAAAAUAGAAUGAGGCCACGGAUGAACGAUCGAUCGGUACAGAUCGAAUGAACAAGCGAACGAAGAAACUAAGUCAAAAAAACAGAUACACUCAUUAAUGCGCGUAUAUUUACGCAGGUAGUCAAGAGCUCGUGUAACAAUGCUUAAUCGAUUAAGGCCGAUUUUUUCAAACGAUAUACUAUAUAGUUCGCUAUUACAUUUUUCCUACCAUUUUUCCUUCCUCGUCUAGAUAACCGUCACCCCAUCAUUCCCGUUAAUCCCUCUUCUGUACUCCCAUUUGCUCCCUUUAUUAUAUCUCCCAACAAGGGCCAAGUCAUUCAACUCGAUGUGGUACUAAAUUAUUUUGAUGAACAAUAAAAACGAAGUUCUCAUUCACUCGUGUUGAACGUCGUUCUGUAUUGUACUACCUGUGUGUUUCGUCAUCGUUCGUGCAUCGUUGUUUGCCAUUUUUUCGAUCCAUUGAUAAUAAAAUCUUGUAGUAAU